AUGGCCACCUCGUCCUCUUCUCAGAUCGACACGUUCCCGCGCCCCGGAAAGACGGCCAUCGUCACCGGCGGCUCGUCGGGCAUCGGUCGCUCUUCGGCCAUCGCGCUCGCAAAGGCUGGCUGGAACGUCUGCGUCACCGGAAGGAGGGAGACCGAGCUCCAGUCGACCCUCGUCGAUAUGCACAACGCCUCCGGUCGCUCCGAUGGCGGCCUCUACGUCGCCGGCGACAUUACAAAGGAAGACGUCGUCGCUUCCGUGUUCAAGCAGACGACGGCCAAGUUCGGCCGUGUCGACCUCUUGUUUGCCAAUGCGGGCAUCUCGCCCCCCAACGUGCCCAUCAUGGAGCAGAAGCUCCAAGACUGGCAGGCCACCGUCGACGUCAACCUCACCGCGCCCUGGCUCUGCGCCCGCGAGGCCUUCCGCGCCAUGUCGACCCAGUCUCCGCGCGGCGGCCGCAUCAUCAUCAACGGCAGCCUGAGCGCCUAUACCCCUCGACCGCACACGGAACCCUACACGGCAACCAAGCACGCCAUGACGGGGCUGACGAAAUCCCUCUCGCUCGACGGACGCGCCCACGACAUUGCCGUGACGCAGCUCGACAUCGGCAACGCCGCAUCCGAAAUGACGCUCAAGAUGAAGUCUGGUCCCGGAGUGCUCCAGGCUAACGGAGAGCUGGCGCACGAACCCACCAUGGACCGACGCCACGUGGCCGACCAGGUCGUUGCCAUCGCUGAAAUGGACCUGAGCGUCAAUAUCGCAAACAUCAUUAUCCAGGCGACAAAGAUGCCCAGCUACGUCGGACGCGGCUAG